UUUGUAUAGGGCGGACCGGGAACAUGUCAGCCGGUACCUCAACCUUUGUCUCGGCCGACCCGGGGCCAAAGACCACCAAAACCACACCCCCUUUUCACCCCAAAAUCAGUCCGUCCGAAGAGUCCCGGACCAUGGCGCCUGACCCUGUCGCGGCGGAUGUGGUGGUGACUAAGAACAGUGCCAGUUCCACGGCUCGAGACUUAGGGCUCACCGAACAACAAGAGAAGAAAGAAACUUGCGGCUGGGGCACAGUCAGGCCGACAUGUCUGCAGUGCUGCAACAAUCCGAACGGAGUCUUGUUCUUCCUGUGUCUGUUCUCCUUCACACAAGGCGUUAUUGUGAACGGGCUGGUGAAUGUGAGCAUCACGUCCAUAGAGACCAGGUUCGAACUGCCCAGCGCCAACACAGGGAUCGUCUCCGCUAGUUACGACAUCGCCUUUGUGGUUCUGGCUUUGUUCGUAACGUACCACGCAGGUCAGGGCAACAGCAAACCCAAGUGGCUGGCGUUCGGGAGUUUCUCUUUAGGUCUGGGCGCCCUGGUCUACUCCCUCCCCCACUUCACCACCGGUCCGUACGUGUACGGCACGGGCCAGACGGAGACAUGCGACAUCGGGGGGAACUCCACCAGCCAGGACUGUAGCAGUGGCACUACCGGCAGUGGUCUGCGGAACUAUCUCUACGUCUUUAUUUUAGGCCAGCUUCUACACGGUGUAGGCGGCACACCCCUGUACACGCUGGGAACGACGUUCCUGGACGAAAACGUGGAGAAAGCGAACUCUGGAGUUUACAUAGGAAUAUUUUAUGCAGCCUCUGCGCUAGGUCCGGCGGCGGGAUAUCUGAUAGGUGGACAGUUUCUCAACAUAUACACUGACAUCGACAUCGGACAAAACGGGAAUGGACUGACCGAGGCGGACCCACGGUGGGUGGGUGCCUGGUGGAUCGGAUUCCUGAUGUGCGCGUUCCUGGCAUGGUCCAUCACCAUUCCCCUGCUCGGCUAUCCAAAAGAACUGCCAGGUGCGGCAGAAAUCAAGGCGAACAAGGAGUCGGAAGCACACGCUAAGGGAGGGGCAGACGUGGCCUCCCAACCGGACUUUGGGAAGAGUUGGAGAGACUUCCCCAUCGCCGUGAAGAUCCUCCUGUGCAAUCCUACCUUCAUGUUCGUGAGCCUGGCCGGUGCCUUUGAAGGCUUCCUGACCAGCGGACUGGCCACUUUCGGACCCAAGUUUGUGGAGAUGCAGUUUAGCCAGACCUCAGGUUGGGCCGCCAUGCUUUGUGGGUUUGUGGUUGUUCCCGGGGCGGCUGGAGGGAACAUUCUGGGCGGAGUUAUCAUGAAGUGGAUGAAGUUGAAGUGCAGAGGAAUGCUGCGGCUGUGCAUCAUCCUGGGCGGAGUGUGCCUGGCGCUGUACCUGGUGUUUCUCGUGCAGUGUCCAAACACCCCGUUUGCCGGAGUCACGCAGAGAUACACCAACAGCUCAAUGGACCCGGCAGUGCAUGGUCUCAACCUCACCAGCGAGUGCAAUACCGACUGCAGCUGCCAGGAGGAGUACUACACGCCCACCUGCGGGGCGGACGGGGUGCAGUACUUCUCUCCCUGUCAUGCCGGCUGCACGGUUCUGACGGGCACGGACGGGACUAAGCGGUACCACAACUGCACGUGCAUUUCGUACGACUCCGUGCCGAGCCUCGCAGAGACGCUGGAAGGGAAGUGCGAGUCGAGCUGCGGGACCAUGCCGGUGUUCCUGGCCAUGUUUUUCGCCAUCAUGCUGCUGACUUUCGCUAACAACCCGCUGGCCACGGGCGCCACGCUCAGGACUGUUCCAGACAGCCAGAGACCGUUCGCUCUGGGUCUUCAGUGGAUCUUCGUCAGAUGUAUCGGGACCAUUCCUGGCCCGAUCCUGUUCGGAAGGUUUAUAGACGAUGCCUGCCUCGUCUGGCAGGAGAAGUGUGACGGACAGGGGUCCUGCUGGUUCUAUGACAACGCAGCGAUGGCCCGCUCCCUCCUGUACCUCACCAUCGCCGGGAAAGCCCUGGCUUUCAUAUUCUACUCAGUAGCCGCCCUGUCGUACAGACCCCCGCCGUUAGAGGACAUGGAUAAAACUACGACUGAGGUCGCCUUGCAUAACCAGGAUGAGCUAGCCGCUGUUACUGUUCCUGAGUCAAACGGAGUUAGCAAUAAGGCACUAGAAAUAGAAAGCACUGAACUGUGAUAAUUGUCAUAAACUGAUUAUAUGAAACAGUGUAAAAAUGUAUGUAAUGACAAUGAAGUUUAUUGCAUAUUCAUGCCCCAUAAUAAUAAAAUUGACUCACCAGGAAUUUUCGACCGAAUCAUUCGGUCUUUAUCAGCUUUCGGAACCAAGUGCUGUGGACACGUGCCUUUUACCCACGUGUUACGUCAGUACGGGGUCAAAGUUCAUCGGAAGUCGGUACCGCCCCCCGUCCCGGUUGAGCAAUAGUCAAUUUUCUUGAGUUGGAGAUGAACUUUAAUGCCAGGGUAAAAAUUCUUCAGCUGCUCAAAAAAGGAUGAAAUUAAAUCUAAUAUCCUCCAGACAUUUAUGAUUUCACAGUGACAAAGAAAGAGAAAAAUGCUAGUCGUUUUGAAUUGAAAUUUCAGUACAUUAAAUAUAUUUGUAUAUUGAGAAAUUUAUGAAAUCUAUAUCUGAUUAAAAAGCCUGUAUAUGGCAUUACUUGCUGCUGAAUAAGUGUACAUAAUGUAAUGUUUAACAAAGCAAGAAAAGAAAAAGUAUUUACUGUAUAUUUUAUAAUGUAUGAUGCUGUACAUUUUUGUUUACAAAACAUAACAAUAUAACACUGCCACUAUCAACAUGAGUGUAUACAGUGUAUAGAAGAUAGUAUUCAAAUUAUAUUCGUCCAUGGUAUAGUAGACCACGUUGUUAAUAAGGAUAUCUUUAUGAGUUAUUACCGAUAUUAUAGGUAGUUGCCACACUGAUAACUUUGGUACUUGUAUUUGUUUCAGAUGCUUGGUAACUACACAAGGCGUCAAAAUUAGAAAAGCGUAAAAAUGUCGCCUUUAUACACUAAAGCUUGAAGGAUGAAGAGAAAUUAUGAUGUGUGUCAAUUUUAAUAAGAUGGUGACAUGAUCUCAGGAGUUUGUAAACUAAGUGCAGUUAUGAAAUCUUAUAAGACGAUCUUGUCUCAAACUACGA